UGCUUUGCUAAAUAGAACAACAUUGUUCGAAUGACAAGGGAAGAGUAAACACGAAUAAUUCGCUCUUGGAUAUAUUUAGGAGGAUUUCCAGUUAAACCUGGAAAUUGAGUCCUGAUAUUGCAUUUCGUGUACCAGGAGCUGGCUCCUUGGUUGUAAUUUCCCCAAAUAAAUAUCUCGUUUCUCACAGGAAUAAUCAAGCAAGAUGGCCCAUCACAGAAUUAUAGUAGAAUCCUUCCUUCUCCUAACCCUAUAUCUAACUACUGCUAGGUCGCACAUAGUGACUGCCUCAUUAGAUGGACAGCUCAAUGCUCCAACCAAUACAGGUGGUAGGGAAUCUUCGCCUAACCUAUUGGUACAGCUACCCACUACGAUACAAUUGGCCACAAAAGUGGAAAGCGGCAACACUGUUAAAGAACCAUGGUCUUCUCCUAAUAUCGGCAAUGCCCUGGACAGUUUGGUUCCAAAAGUCGACUCAAAAAGUGGACAAACAUUAGAUAGUGUACAGCCACCAAUAAGCACAUUCGACACUUCAUCAAAUGUUGUCGAACCACUACCUGAAACCAAAGCCAACAAUGGUUACAUUAUUGGAGGCCCACCGAGUUCCAACUUCAAAACCUACAACCCUCCCGGGACUAAUUUUAUAAUAGCUGUACCUGUUGAACAGGAAACCAGUCCGAUUGUUUUGGCUCCUCCCGAAGCUUCUCCAGACUUACCAAAUCCCACGAUACCAGACAAUCAGGUUGUUUCUGAUCCUCAAAAUCCCACGAUACCAAACAAUUUGUUGGAGCCAACGGUACCAGUUCAACCAGCGGACGCGACUCAGCCUUCCCCGAUUCAAACAGAAACACCUAGCGGUACAGUUAAAUCAGAACCAGCUGGAUCUGUUGGUUCUGGACUUAUCAUCACAAAAGACGAUCCUUUCCAACAGGUCCCUGGUUCACAGCUGAUCGUAAUCAAAAAGAAAACACCAGCAACCUUACCCACCAUUGUCGUUGAUACAGCUCCAGGCGAGAAUAACACCGGUGUUGUUGUACCAGGAUCAAGUAUUAUCGUAGCAAAAUUACCAGAUGCACCUGUGACAACUACGACAACUACGACAACUACGACAGAACGUCCUAUUAUCACAUCAACGCCAAGUGUUCCAGUUCCAAGCGUUUGCUUAAAUGGUCUUGGGUAUGUUUCUCAUCCGUCAGAAUGUACAAAAUUCUACCAAUGUGUGGAAACAUCCUCUGGCAGUGUUAUCGCAACAGAAUUUCAAUGUCCUCGUGGAUUAUUUUGGAACAGUUGGGCCCUCUCUUGCGAUUAUCCAAGAAAUGUUCAGUGCAAUAACCACCCAUGUACGAAAACCAAUUCGAGAUAUGCACCGAUGACUAAUAAAUGUAAUGGAUAUUGGUUGUGUAAAACAGGGCGGGAACCCAGGGCUUACUGUUGUCGGCGUGGUACAAGUUUUGACGAUAAAAGGCAAAGAUGUGUUCGAGAUAAAAAAUGUCGAGUUAAAUGUAGAAGAGUCAGUAGCGAAGAAGAUGAUAGCGAUGAGGACGACGACGAUGAUGAUGAUGAUGAUGAUAAUGAUGAUAAUAGCGAAUCUAACGAAUCUAACGAAUCUAACGACUCAGAAUCAAAUGAGAUUGCUGAAUGUGACAAGAGAGCAGCAUCAGAUGAUGACAGAUUUUAUGAACACAAAGUUCCUGGUAAUAGAUGGAUAAGAAUGCCGUGCCCUCUUACCACAGCUUUCGAUAUUAACACCUGUGCUUGCACCAAAAUAAUCACAACACGUCCAUCCGAAAAACGCCCAUCAUUCCCGUCUCCAGCAAAACGAUGUGAACCAGAACUCAAUUUGUCUUUCAAAAGAGGCGUCAAGGAUAAUUCUAAAAAUCGUCACUACAUUGAAAAUAAAGGUGUCUUGGUUAGGAACGGAUUGGCAGUUUUCAAUGGCGGGAGCAAACUCCAAGUGGACCGUUUUGCUAAUUCCCCACUGGGUAGAAAUUUGGAGAUAGAACUUAUGUAUACACCAUUUAAUAGAAAUAGGAAACAAGUUUUAAUAAGUAAUGGUGAUCGUGGUGUAACUCCCAGUGUCUAUAUAUCGACGGGAUCAUCGGCAAAAACACCGUAUAUUACAUUCAAGCUAAGAACCGUCCGACCCCGUAAAACAACGACGAUUAAAUUGCCUAUAGUUUCGAAAUCUGGUCCUAUUAAUGUUAAAUUAACACUCAAAAAUGGUGUUUUUACUGGGACAGUUGAUGGUCAAAGUAGAUCGAAAGAUGGAUUUGGUGAAAUUGCUGUCGCGAAAAGUGGUCUUGUUAUAGGAAGUGCUACACGCAAGAAUAAAUUUAAAGGAUAUUUAGAUUAUGUCAAGAUGUACUUUUGUGACAGUCAACAGAAAUAGAAUAACAAGAGGACUAGGCGCCUCUAUCACAAAAUCCGCCACAUCACAUCUCAUUUCCCAAUAUGGCUUUCAUUAUGGCCACCUUAGCCCAAGAGCUCGUGUUAGAUGUCUGAAUGAGACCAAACAUUUAUUUCAGAAUUAUGAUAGUCAUUUAUUUAUAUUUAAGAUUUGAAUUAAUAUAAAAGAGAAAGUAUACAUAUAAUUGUCAUUGCUUUUCUGUAUAAUAACAUAUUUUUGUAUAUUUUUGUAAUUGAUUUGAUGUACAUGUAUUUUUUUUAGUUAGUAUUAAGACAGUUCGCUAGUGAUUAAAACACUUAAUAAUAAUAUGUCAUAACGCGAUGUAAAGGACCAUAGUUUGGCAUACUUAACUGCUAUUAUUUAGCGAAUCUAACCAUGGUAUCUCAAAGCUUAAAAAUGUAUAUAUAUAUAUAUAUAUAUAUAUAUAUAUAUAUAUAUAUAUCGAUCCAAUUUAACAUGUCUGACACAAUCAGUUCGACACGUUGCUUUUUGAAUCAAAUAAUUACUUAUGAUUCUGAAUAUAUUUGGCAGUAGAUUAUAGUAUCUUAUUAUUAUUUUUUUUAGAAAAUUGUGUGCAGAUUUACAA